GCUUGAAGGUACACCACGUAAGUAUUUAUUACUGCAAAGCUUUCGUAUUCGUAACUAUUUAUUACUGCAAAGAUUGCACUGAUGAAGGCCCGGGUUAACGGACCGAAAGCUUUGCAAUAAUAUUGUAAUAAAUACUUACAUCAUAGUGCAAACAGCGAAAGUUGCCAGUACAUGAAGUACUGCAAAGUAUUGAUGACAGUGGGCUCUUUUCCUUUCACAAAUCACAAGAACUAAUAUAUAGAAAGGAAAAUAAAUGCUCAAGCUGUCAAGGAACAGAUUUCAAUGGAUUUAGAAGACAAGUUGCUGGGUUAUAAAGCUCAAAAUUAUGUUUCUAGCUCAGAAAGUGAAGGAGAAGAUGAUGAAGAUAGCGGGCGAGAGAGUGGAGGUGAAGUAGGGAGCCAAAAUGCCGAAGAAGCCCCACAACUUGACCUUCGCGUUGAUGGACCAAUGACAGGGCCAAAAGGUGUGAUUGAGGAUUAUAGAAGAUAUCGACAACUUGUAGCAGAGCAACGUGAAGAAAAGAAGGCAGAGUUGGAAGCUUUGGCAAAAAAAUUUUCCAUUACUUGUCAAAGUAGUCUAGAUGAAGAAAAGGAAAAGAAUGCUAAGAAAGAAUUUGAGUUUGAUGAAGAAGAUGAAUUUGUAAAAAUGUACCACAUGAAAAGACUGCAAGAAAUGAGAAAAAGGGCUGAGGAAUAUGUUUCAUCAAUCAGACCACAAUUUGGUUCCCUAAAGGAUAUUCCAGGCAAGGAGUUUCUAGAUUGCAUUGAUAAAGAAAACCCAAAUAUUGUUAUUGUGAUGCAUCUUUACCAGCCAGGUGUUGAAGGCUGUUCAGCAAUGACAGGGUGUUUAAAGGUUCUUUCCCAACAGUAUCCAAGGGUAAAAUUUUGCCAAGUACCUGCCACAGAAACAGGAAUUAGUAAAUAUUUUGUACAAAAUGGACUACCAGCUCUUCUUGUGUAUCAAAACAAACAAUUGAUUGGGAACUACGUGAAAAUGAAUGCCGUUUUCGGCGACGAUUUUUAUGCUACAGACGUUGAAAGUUUCCUUAUAGAAAAUGGAAUUUUAUCAGAGAACACUCCAGAUAUGGUGACGAAGCUGAGAUCAAAUGAGGAAGACAGCGAUGACAGUGAUUGAAGUAGUAAACCACGUGACCAGUUGGCAACUGCACGCUUGGUCAUGUGCAGCUGGAGUGCGUCCAGUUAUUCACCGAUACAUGCAACUUAUGGCAUUGCAGUUAAUGGAUGUCACUUGGACAUUGACAGUUGUUCUAUUAGGGAGAAUGAUAUUUGAAAACAUGGAAGCACAAACAGAAACGCCCUGCUCCUGAUAAGAGGAAUGAUAAUUAAAAUCGAAAUUUGCGUGAUCGCCAAGUCUCAGCUUUACUGUCAUUUAAUUCUAUACAUAGAUUAUAGCUAUAUUGUACUUUCCAUCAAGUUUUAAUACCUCGAGACAUUGUUACGGAAUCUCUUGUGACGCUUUUAAAAUUUACAUCUAACCCAUGAUGUAUUCACGCCCUGCUAAAGUAAACAAAUAACUUGACGACACCCUUGGUGGUAUAUUGUUCUUCAGGAGAUCUAUUCUUGUCUUGUAUUGUAUCCAAGCACGACACUGAUUCAAGCACGCAUUAAGGAAAUAAUGCGGAAGUAAUCACUGUGAAUAUCUUACAACAACUCACGCGGGCUUUUCAUGUUAAAUUCCGUCAAAAAUGUCUUAAAAUUAAGGGAUAAUGCGAUAAUGCAAUGAUCAUCAGAUCAGUUUUCAAUCACAUGCGGAAUAUUCUUUGAAAUAUUUAUAUAAAUACCUUUUACGUUUUCGUUUACAAGGAAAAUACGGUGUUUAAUUUAAAGUUACUACAGUACAGUCUGUAGUAAAUCAUUUUUUGUUUUUGAUACGCGGACUUCACAAAAUGAUCUUGUUUUGCUUUUUUUCUGUAUUUUUAGCAUUGUUCAUUAUAUGUAGAUAUAUUGUGUUAUUGGCUUUUCGCCCUAUCCAGGGCGCUUAGUGGUCUACGGAAUGCCUUGUAAUGUAAAUAAGCAAUAAAAUCUUUUC